UGAAGCAGACGUGCUACGCAACAGACAAGAGUUAAUAUACAAGAGAGAUGAGAUGGAUGGACGGAUGGAACCCAUUAAUUCUCCGAUGAUACAUAUGUUGUUGUAUGGAUUUGCAGAGUGGGAGUGAGGAGGAAGGCAGAAGUAGAAAUAGAAGGGUAAGGGUGGAGGAUCAUCAAAUUCAAAUUCAACUUCAAGGAUGCCCAUCUCCAUAUACUCUGCCGUUUCUCCCUCUUCUUGCAGUAGGACUAGUAGUAUUUAUCACUAUCAUCACCACCACCAUCACCCCCCACUUCCUCUUCCUCUUCCUCUUCCUCCUCGCCGUUCUAACAUUAUCGAUAACAGUUAUAAUAUUAAUUUUUUUAAGAAAGACGGACAGCGCCGUAGAGUCAGGCAAGAAUUUAUUUUUAUUAGUAGUGCAUCAUCCUUGCUGUCCCCCUACUCCUCUUACAUAAAUAAUAAUAAUAAUUAUUAUUAUUAUAAUAAAGAAGAAGAAGAAAAUCGGAGGAGACUGUACUGUUGCGCUUGCGUUCCCUCAUACAAUUCAAAGUCCAAGCACCAGUGGUGGAAUUGGAAUCGGAAUUGGAAUACUCCACCUUCUCUAACUCUUUACUUGGUCAACCACCCUUCUUUCCGUCCCCGUUCCCGUCGAUCCCCAGGAUUGCCGCCCAUGUCUGAUCCUCUCACCAACGGAUCUUCAUCUCUCUCUUCCAACCCAGCUGCUUUCACCACUUCCAAUCACCUGCGCCAUGUCGAGUCUAUGUCCACCCUGCCCUCCGGCGCCGGUCAGAUUUCCAAAUUGAAUGCUGUCAUUCUCGGUGAGGCGCUUGCUUCCGAGGAGGAUGAUCUUAUCGUCCCCAGCCAAGAUUUCUCUGCACAAGCUCACGUCCCCUCCCCUGACAAGUAUCUGGAGAUGUACAAAAGUUCCAUUGAGGACCCCGCCGGAUUCUGGUCUGACAUUGCGUCCCAGUUUUACUGGAAAGAGAAAUGGGGUCAACCCGUUUACUCUGAGAAUCUCGAUAUUCGCAAGGGAAGAAUCCACAUCGAGUGGUUCAAGGGUGGGAUUACCAACAUCUGCUACAACUGUCUGGAUAAAAACAUUGCUGCGGGGAAUGGUGAAAAGAUUGCCAUCUAUUGGGAAGGAAACGAACCUGGUGUUGGCGCCUCAUUGACUUACAACCAACUCCUGCAGAGAGUUUGCCAGUUAGCAAAUUACUUGAAAGACAUUGGCAUCCAGAAGGGUGAUGCUGUUUUGAUUUAUCUACCCAUGCUAAUGGAACUGCCAAUAGCUAUGCUGGCUUGUGCUCGCAUUGGCGCUGUUCACUCGGUUGUUUUUGCUGGAUUCUCAUCUGAAUCUCUAGCCCAGAGGAUCACGGAUUGCAAACCAAAGGUUUUAAUAACCUGCAAUGCUGUUCGAAGAGGACCCAAGACCAUCCAUCUAAAAGACAUAGUUGAUACUGCAUUGGCGGAAUCUGCUCAGAGUGGCGCCGUUGUAGAUGUGUGCUUGACCUAUGAAAACAACACUGCCUUGAAGAAGGAAAGCACUAAGUGGGUGGAGGGAAGAGAUACUUGGUGGCAGGAUGCUGUUCCUAAAUAUCCCGAUACUUGUGAUGUGGAAUGGGUUGAUGCAGAAGAUCCACUUUUCUUGCUUUAUACUAGUGGAAGCACUGGAAAACCCAAGGGAGUCCUGCAUACAACUGGAGGAUACAUGGUGUAUACAGCUACAACAUUUAAAUAUGUGUUUGACUAUAAACCAUCAGAUAUAUACUGGUGUACAGCUGACUGUGGUUGGAUUACUGGCCACAGCUAUGUCACUUAUGGUCCUCUGCUGAAUGGAGCAACUGUUGUGGUUUUUGAAGGGGUUCCUACUUAUCCUGAUCCCGGACGUUGCUGGGACAUAGUUGACAAAUAUAAGGUGUCCAUAUUCUACACUGCCCCCACAUUGGUGCGCUCUCUGAUGCGUGAAGGAGAUGAGCAUGUCACCCGAUAUUCACGGAAAUCCUUGCGAGUCCUUGGCAGUGUGGGUGAACCCAUUAAUCCAAGCGCAUGGAGGUGGUUUUUCAAUUUAGUUGGAGAAUCAAGAUGUCCCAUUUCUGACACUUGGUGGCAAACAGAGACGGGGGGUUUCAUGAUCACUCCUUUACCAGGUGCUUGGCCACAGAAACCUGGUUCUGCUACUUUUCCAUUCUUUGGCAUCCAGCCUGUCAUAGUGGAUGAGAAGGGUGUUGAAAUUGAAGGGGAGUGCAGCGGAUAUUUAUGUGUAAAAAGCUCUUGGCCUGGGGCAUUUCGAACGCUUUAUGGAGAUCAUGAAAGAUAUGAAACAACGUACUUCAGUGCCUUCCCUGGCUACUAUUUCAGUGGAGAUGGUUGCAGCAGGGACAAGGAUGGUUACCACUGGCUCACAGGCAGAGUUGAUGAUGUUAUUAACGUGAGUGGACAUCGCAUUGGCACCGCAGAGGUGGAAUCUGCUUUAGUUUCCCAUCCCCAGUGCGCUGAAGCUGCUGUCGUUGGUGUUGAGCAUGAGGUUAAAGGGCAGGGCAUAUAUGCGUUUGUUACUCUGGUUGAAGGCGUUCCUUACAGUGAUGAUCUUCGAAAAAGUCUUAUAAUGACUGUGAGAAAGCAGAUUGGUGCAUUCGCAGCACCGGACAAAAUCCACUGGGCUCCAAGUCUACCAAAGACAAGAAGCGGAAAGAUAAUGAGACGAAUUUUAAGGAAAAUUGCUUCCAGGCAAUUAGAUGAGCUUGGGGAUAUAAGCACACUGGCAGAUCCUGCGGUGGUUGAUCAGCUUAUUGCACUUGCUGAGGGUUGAUUUCGAACUGUGGAGCGGCAAGAAAUUGAUGCUGGUGCCAUUGAGAAAUUAGCUGGCAAGACAUCGCCAUAGAGUAAAGCAUGUUGUUCCCCACCUGCCAACUUAUGCACUAUGUGUCGUGCUGUAAUCUUCAAAGUGUGUUCAAAAUAGUUACAGAACUUGUGUCAAUCAUGCAGAGUACUGCAGGAACUUUGGUCCUGAAGCAUAUUUGGUUUGUAAUGAGAUUGGGGAUUCGAUCAAUAAAAUUUAUAUUUCUGUUA